AUGGUGCUCAAUGUAUUUAGUGAAUCCAUAUCAAUAGUUGAAAAUGAAUACCUUGCCUUUUAGGAAGACAAACUAUUAGCCAAAAUGAGGAAAAAACAAGAACGAGAAUUGGAGUAGUUGAAAUAGUAUGAACAGUAAAAGGAAGAAUAAGAGAAACGUAAAUAUUCAAUUCUAGAACAAACCAAAUCGAAACAAUAGUAAGUGGAAUAGGCUUUGAAGGAGAAGAAAUUAUUGAUAGAACUGAGGAAGAAGGAAAAAGACAAGGAGAAAUUACUACAAAUUCAAAAGAUUGAGCAAGGGAAAUUGAAAGAAUUAGCACAAAAUGAUGUAUCCAAGGACAAAGUCAUGGAGUAACUUGAUGCCAAUAAAAGUAAUUUAGAAACAAUUUAGACUGAUAGAAAUAAGAAAUCAACUGUCAAAAAAAUAGCAGAAGGGAUUGUCAAAACACAACAGGAGGAGAUUCUGAUUAAGAAAAUACAAUUGGACAAGUAUUAGAAAGAACAAGAGGAAUAGUGGAAAGAUUUAAAUGAAAAGAAAGAAAUCCUAUUGAAUGAAUUGAAGAUGGCCAAGAAGAAACAAAUUAAGAAGAUCAAAUAGAGAAAUGAAGAUGAGAAAAAUGCGUAUUAUCAAGAGAAGUUAUAGAAAAUUGAACAAUACCAAAAGAAAUUAGAUGAAAUAGGAGUCAAUCAAUAAGUCAAGCAAUAGAUGUUGGAGUAGAAGAAAAAGGAGAAAUUGGAAAAGUUGAAAAAAGUUAUGUAAAACUAUAAGAAAAUUAUGUCUGAAAAAAGCGAGAAGGCCUAAUUGAAAGUACAGAAUGUUGAAGAAAAAAUAAAUUCAAUAUAGGAGAGAAUGAAAUAAGCAGAAGACAAGAUAGAAUAAAUUGAAAAGGAGAAAAAUAAUCAUAGAAAAAAUAUUAAAUCAAGGAAUGGCAAUAUUCUAAAUAAUAAGAAUGAGACAUUCCAAGAUAAGAUCAGGCAGAAGGAUGAAGAGCAUUUAAAAUCUAUUACUGAAACUCAAUCCUUAUCGAAGUUGAAGUAAGAGCAGGAAAAGCAGAAAAAGGAAGAGCAAAUUAAGGAGCAUAAAAAAAAGGCUGCGAUUAUGCUGAAAGAGAUUGUUGAAACAAAAAAUAAAAAAUUAUAAGAGAAACUAGAUAAGGCACAAUAAUUUAAGGAUGACAAAGAGAAAUUGUUUUAGUAACAGUAAAAGUUAGCCAAAGAUAUCGAGCGUUAGAAAAAAUAAUUGUUACUCAAGAGUCCUAAAAACAAUGCCUUAUAUAUAAAAUUUGUAUAAAUAUAAAAAUUAAUGUAGUAAUAAUAAUAGCAAUAAUAGCCAAGGGCCAGAACAAAGGAAAGAUAUGUCUGUGAAGCAAUGAAUUUAGUUAAAUUGUGGAGGUUUAAAAUUCAACUUACUCUAAUUAGAUAGGUUUAUCAAACAGAAACUAGAGUAGUUGAUGGAAGAACAGUAAGGAUUACAUUAGAUUAAGCAGCCGAAUUAGUUGGAUGCCCAAGAAAGACUUUGGAAGAUUAUUAUUAUUUAUUGAAAAAGGCCUAAAAUUUAGUAAAUUUGGAAGAAAAAAAAAAUGAAAAAAUGGGUUUUAUAAGAAAAAUAUGUAGAGAAAAUAAAAAACAAUAAUAAUUAUUAAAGUAGGAAGAAGAAUUUUAUCAAAUAAACUAGUUUUAGUUGGAUGAGAUUCAUGAUGAUUGA